UCAUGCAUAAUAGUAGAUGAAUAUACAAUGACUUUUUCUUGUUUACAAGAAAAAUUAAGAACACACUAUGAAGACCUGCUAUGCAGAAUCACUUACUUUUGUCACAAAUUGACUGUCAAAUAAGGAUGAUAAUAGUGGUAGAGCAAGUGUAAUCUUGCUACAUUAAUCCUUGUACACUGCUGUAUAUUCUGCUGCUUACAUUGUGUUGAUGGGAGGUAGCGGUACAUGGUAGAAUAUUCAUAGCUGAUCUGGACACCAAGUUGUCAUGAAUAAAAAAGGGAAUCAGUUGAAGCAGAGAGUGUUGCACGUUAAACGAUGUGUCGUCUGAUACAAUGUACCUGACAAAUUAUGAUCUAUGGUGAUCCCAGCUUUCCAUUUUGUUGAAAGCUGGGGGCGGUUUAACAAAGUGAGCAGUUUUCACAGUAGUGGUAAAGUUCAACUUGUCUUAGUGUCUCAAUUCAACGGAUAAAGCUUGUGAAGCACAAUAAGAUUUUGUUGCCCCCACAGUAGAUGCAUAUAUUGGAUUUUGCAAUGCACCAAAACCUCAUUCUUAUCUUGAGUUUUCUAUGUAAGCACAUGCCUAAUUAAAGUUCUUAUAGUUUAUAUUAUUGUGAUGAAUGAGACAAAAUCUUUAUGCCCACAGUGUAUUGUUAAGCAGACAACUUUGGUUUACUGUACCAAAACUGGUGAUGUAAAAGGGAGAUAGAACUCCACUCUUUAUGUAUAUAAAAUUCAAAAGUCCAUUGCUGACCCAAUGUAAGCCUUAAGAGGAUGAAUUUAUCUAUUAUGAUGAUGCUGGUAUUCCAUUAUAAACAGAUGUUUUCCACCUAUUUUGCCAGAGGAACUGCGAAGAGGACAAUGGCUUGAAGAGGAAGAUGAGAGACUGUCUAUGAUUGUAGCUGUUUUUGGUGAACGUCGCUGGGAUGCCUUAGCAAAAGCUUCAGGGCUGAGAAGGAGCGGAAGAAGCUGCAGAUUGCGAUGGCUGAACUACCUCCGCCCAAAUCUAAAGCACGGUCAUAUUACUGCAGAUGAAGAGCGUUUGAUAAUCCGACUUCAGAAGCAGUUUGGAAACAAGUGGUCAAAGAUUGCUAAACAAUUGCCUGGAAGAACUGAUAAUGAAAUCAAGAACUACUGGAGAAGUCAUUUGAGAAAGAAAAUACUAAUUUUCGAACAAGAAUUCUCUUGGAGUAACACAAUUAAUUCAGAACAAAAAUCAUCAAUUUCGAAACGUGAUAUUGUCCCUAAUUCAUCAUCCAACAGUGAAGACUCUUUCUCCGAAAAAGGUGAUUGUUCCUCUGCUGAUUCUUUGGCAUACUCUGGAAAUGAAGUAACAUUAUUGGAUUGGAUUCCAAGUUGGUCAUAUGAACAAAGCAGAAUGGAACAUCAUAUGUACUUUUGCAGCUCAAACCUAUGCUCUUGUUAUCCUCCAUAGACAAUACUACACUACAUGGGACAAUAGCUAAAUUCAUAGUACUGUUUAGUUUUUUUUCCUUUCCUGUAGAAAUGCAAAGAAUGUAUUGAAUGUACAUAUUACUGU